AGUGAUGACUGCUUUCUCUUAGCUCGAUCCAUCAUCUCUAGCCCUCUCGUCAGGGUUUCCGUUUUCCAAUAAUUCUUUUCACCAUCUCUUGAAAAGAACUGCAAAUGCUUCUUCGAAGCUCAUCAACACCGAUCUUGAAUUCAUGGCUUCCACAUUCCAAGGAUUCGUCACCGGAACCCGAUUUUUGUCUUCAUAUCCCGAGGACUCGAUCUAUUUCGGUAACGGCUUCGUCGGCUUCGGUGUCUCCUGGCGACGAAUCAAUGAACAAGAUGCCGAGAACUCUGUCGGAGACCGAUCUCCGGGAGCUUGCAGUGUUGAAAAAGAAGCCAUUCGGAGGGAACCUUAAUGGGCUAACUUCGAUUUCGGUGGAAGAAGAGGAUGAACAGGAGAUGGGAUUCAACCCGAGUGCUUCGUCUUUGGAGCGGAUGCUUUCCACCUCUGGGUUGGGGGAAGCGAUGGAUGAGGAGUGCGCCAUUGAGGCGAACGGUUAUGGUUUGGCAACUCUUGUGGGUGGUGGAGUUGGAAGUGAUGGUGGCCUGAAAUGUGGUGGUGGUGGUGGUGGUGGUGGAGGGUGGAAUGGCGGACACGGUGAUGGGGGUUCUGGGUUUUCGGAUUCGAAUCAUGGGAAUGAUCACAUUGAUGCUUACUAUCAGAAGAUGAUCGAAGCCAAUCCCGGGAACUCUCUUCUUCUUGGGAAUUAUGCAAAGUUCUUGAAAGAGGUUCGAGGUGAUCUCGCCAAAGCCGAAGAGUACUGUGGGAGAGCAAUUCUGGCAAACCCAUCAGACCAAAAUGUUCUGUCGCUCUAUGCAGAAUUGAUGUGGGAGGCCAACAGAGACGCUAAUCGCGCUGAGAGAUACUUCGAUCAAGCUGUUAAAGCAGCCCCUGACGACUGUUAUGUUCUAGCUUCUUAUGCUCGGUUUCUAUGGGACGCCGACGAAGUAGAGGAAGAGGAAGAAAGUGAGGGAGAUGCAGUAGGGAACAACAGAAGUACAGUAACACCAAAUUUCUCUUAAGUUCCUCCUCGUCCACCCUUGACUGUUGAUUCUAAUUAAGACUUAAAGAGAACUCGUUAUAUUAGUAUCUGCUCUCUUUCUCUCUGUCUCUCUACACCUUGUAUAAAAAAGAAUCUGGAGCAGUAGGUGAGAGAUGUUAGGUUAGGCCGCCAAAAAUGAUCUGACUAUACUUUUUCUUUGUUUUCAUUUGAUGAUUUGAUCCCUCUUUCUUUUUCUUUGUUUCUAGAGAACGACAUAGUUGAGGAGAUAUUGAUUAUUGGUGGGUUCAUCAUUCAUUUUUGUAUGUGAGGAUGUGAAUAUAAAGAAAUGAAUAAGUUAAAGUGGUUAAUCUUUCAUGGCUUAA